CUGUGGCUGACGUUUGCUCCUGUGGCUGAUAAGACAGCUGCCUACUUUCACAUUUCCCUGGAGAUGGUCAACUGGCUCUCAAUAGUGUACCUCCUCAUCUCAAUCCCAUUUGGUCUGGUGGCAACAUGGGUUCUCGACAGCGUGGGACUCAGAUGUGCUGUGAUCCUGAGCGCAUGGCUGAACAUGACAGGUAGCAUCAUCCGGAUGUUCAGCAUCCUGAAGUUCCUGAGCUUGGGUUCUCAGAGUUACUGGUACCUGUUUAUUGGGCAAUGUCUCUGUGCACUAGCACAGCCCCUUAUCAUCUUUUCACCGACAAAACUGGCAGCACUAUGGUUCCCAGACCACCAGAGAGCAACCGCAAAUAUGAUCGCAUCAAUGUCCAAUCCCUUGGGUAUUCUUAUAGCAAACGUGCUGUCACCUGCACUAGUUCCUGAAGGAAAGCACAUCCCAUUGAUGCUGUGUGUUUAUGCCAUCCCAGCAGUAAUAGCCUGUGCUCUAGCAACUGUGGGGAUUCAUGAGAAGGUUCCUCCAACACCUCCUUCAGCCAGUGCCACUAACUCCACCUCCCAGCCAUUCCUCACAGGGCUCAAAAUGCUCCUGAGAAACAAGCCGUACAUCAUCCUGGCAGUGUGCUUUGGAGGAGGAAUUGGGAUGUUCACCUGCUUUUCAGCGCUGCUAGAACAGAUCCUUUGUGAAAAGGGGUAUUCAAAUGAAUUUGCUGGCCUGAAUGGUGCACUUUUCACAGUGUGUGGUUUGUUGGGUGCUUUCCUGCUAGGCCUGUAUGUCGACCGGACAAGGAAGUUCACAGAGUCCACCAAGAUUUGUUUCUGUCUGAGUGCGCUUGCCAGCAUCGUGUUCGCAGUGACUUCUCGGUUCAGACAUCAGACUGUCACACUGGCCAUCACCAGCUCACUCUUCGGUUUCUUUGGUUUUGCCAUCUACCCCAUUGCCAUGGAGCUGGCUGUGGAGUGCUCCUACCCCGUGGGAGAGGGCACAUCUACAGGUCUGAUUUUUGUUGCAAGCCAGAUUGAAGGUGUUAUUUUAAUGAUUCUGCUACAAGCCCUCACUGUGCGUGUUUCUGGGGAUCCAUCCUCCACCUGCGCCCUUGACCAGGAUGGAGCCCUGGACUGGACAACUCCGGUACUGGUGCUGGCUGGCCUCUGCAGUGCUAUGGCUUGUUUCUAUGUCAUCUUCUUCCACACUGACUACAAGCGGCUCCAUGCUGAGACAAACAGUGGUGAUUUGGUCAAGGCAGAAGACACAGCAACAGCAGAUGUUCCUGAACCCUAA